AUGAACACGGGCCCGCUGCGAGUCCGCUGGGAAGCCAGCCGCAGCCCGGCGCCCCGAAGGACGUCCCUGGAGCCCACUACUAGCUGGGGCAGCCAGAGGCACCAGAGUUUGACAAAUGAACAGAGAAGUCCUUGGGCCCCCUGCCUGAAGAUCACCUCUUGGGGCCAUCCUAGCCCCCAGAAGCACCCUCCAGGGAUGAUGGGGCCCCCAGGAACUCUGGCUCCUUCUGAACUGAGCUGUCGGGCUGUCCUGGAUCAGCUCCGGCGAGAGUUCCCCAGGUUCCCCCCUCACCUGGCGGCACAGGUGGAGAGCAUGAACUUGGCGCUCCAGAAGAUCCGGCAGGGUCUCCAGGAGCAUCACAAGCAGACGGAGAACUUCCUGCGGACAGUGGAGACCUGGAGCCAGGCCCUGGGAUUCCAGCCUGCGGAGGCCAGCCCCGAGACUUCCCUGCAUCCAGAGGCCGAGACCCCACAGCCCUCCGGGCUCCAGGGACCACCCUUCGAAGAUGUCCUGGCCGCGAGGUCCUCAGACUGGCUGAGGCAGCCCUACAGAGCGGACGCCGGGCCCCCCACGCUGGACACGCAGUCCCCCUGGGACCCCAAGCCCCGGUUUUGGCAGGACGUUCUGACCGAGCAGCUCUGGCAGAUCUUUGCGGGAACCCACAGGAGGGACCAGCGCCGCAGGAUCCCAGCAACAGAGCAGUUGCCAGGCCUGGAGAGCCAGGAAGCAGGACCACAGGACUCAGGACUGGAACCACGGAGCAGAGAUGCUUUGGUGCCCAGCCCACCCGAGCCCUCCCCCAGCUCCCCCGAGGGCUCCGGAGAAGAGAGCACAGAGCCAGGCCUGUCAGGCCUGGACACCGAAGGGAUGCUCUCCCUCCGCAUGGCCCAGGAGCCUGCUGGGAGAGCCUACCGGUUCCUGAAGCCCAUAUGCUGGGACCCUGAGGACUUCGAGGACACGUGGAAGAGACCAGAUGCCUUGCCCUGGCAACCCCAGAAGGCGGCCAUCCCGCACGGAGCGGAGAAGAUGCGGACGCUAAAGCACGGGGAGCCGGUGCUCGCCACGGCCGUCAGCAGCUGCACGCAGCACACGUUCACCUGCGGCCGCGGCGGCGUCAAAGUGUGGAGCCUGGUGGGCGGGGGGCUGGAGGACCGGCGCCCCGAGAGCCACCUGCGUGUACAGGUAGGAGAGGGGCUGGCUCUGGGGCAGAGCUCGUGGGAGCCGGAAGAGCCCCGGCCACCGCAGAGGACGGUCACCUGCACCCAUGCCGCCCCAGACCCCCCAGGCCUACCUGCGCACCUGCCUGCUGUCCCCGACCAGCACGACCCUGCUGACGGGCGGCCACAACCUGGCCGGCGUGAGCGUGUGGGACCUGACCGCGCCCUCCCUGCGUGUGAGCGGCGAGCUGCCCUGCGCAGGCCUCACCUGCCAGGCCCUGGCCUUCGGCCCCGAGGCCACCCUGGCCUUUGCGGGCUUCACCGACGGCACAGUCAGGAUCUGGGACUUGCGGGACCAGAGCAUUGUCAGGGACCUGCCGGGGCCCCCAAACGGAACCAAGAGCAUUGCUGUCAAAGACCAGAACAUCUGGACGGGGGGGCUGGACACCUGCCUGCGGUGCUGGGACCUGAGGACCCCCGGGGAGCCCCUGGAAUACCAAUUCGAGUCUCAGGCAGAGAGGACCAACCCACUUUACAGAUGAGCAGACUGAGGCCCAGAGGUGUGAAGUUGCUCGUCAGGGCCAGGAAGCCAGGAAGCUGGCCGGAGAUAAUGAGCCUGUCCCCCAGUCCCCAGGAAGACUGGGUGCUGGUGGGCACAGCCAGUGGCCAACAGUGGCUACAGCCCACCCGAGGGGGCCAGAAGCACAUGGUGGGGUGUAAGGACGGCACCAUCCUGGGUCUCAAGUUUUCCCCAUUUGGCCAGUGGUGGGUGAGCGUUGGGACGGAUGACCUGGUCAGCAUCUAUGGCAUGCCCGCGGGGACCAUGGUAUUCCAGGUGCCUGAGACCUCCUCCAUCCUGUGCUGUGAUGUGUCCCGCAACAACCGCCUGGUCGUCACGGGGUCGGAGGACCACGCCGCGGUGUACCAGAUCACCUACUGA